AUGGCAGCAGGGCAGCUCCUCAGCUGCUGGAGUUGCAACGUGCGUACGUUCGGGGCUGCCUGGGUCGCUGCCGAUGCCGCCCUCAGCGAGCAGCAGGACGUGAUCAUGCUUCAGGAGACGUCCCACACCAGGGAUGAGUUCAUCCGAUACCAGAACUCGUUCUCGAGGCGGGGAUUUGCAGUUUACCAGGCGCCAGCCUGUGCCAGGAAGGACGGGCGACCAGUCGGCGGCGUGCUGGCCCUGGUGUCCAAGCGCCACAGGCAGCGCUUCCUCUGGAAGAGGGCGGGGCCCGGGGGGCAGGUGCUCGCGGUCGAGGUCGCGGGCCAGGUCCUCGCCAACACCUAUGUCCACCCCGACGGCCACGCGCAGGGGAUCAUCGACGGGAUUGACCACGAUUUCUGCGUGGACAACACGACCAGGUGGGUCGCCUGUGGCGACUGGAACGAGGUCCCAGGGAAGCUCACCGCACCACCCUUCGUUGAGCAGAAGGGCGUCAGCUCCGCGGCCGGCGAGUGGACGCCCACCAGAUACAAGGAUCCAUCGGGGAGGCAGCCGAGGCCGAUCGACUACGCCUUCGUCUUCAAUUCCGAGGUGGACUCCUUCGAUUUCGCCAACUACCAGCUAUCCGACCACAAGGUCAUCUGCUUCAGCUUGCGGGCCCCCCCGGGAGGCAUCGCCACGGAGGUCCGGCUGAGGCCGCACGUGCAGUACGGCAGGCCGCCCGGGGUCCCACAGGACACCUGGGUGGAGGUCACCCGCCGCCUGUGGGAGGACAGGCAGCACGACCAGAGGAACUGCCCACACGAGCCGGGCUCCAGGAGCGCGCAGCAGUGGGUGAACACCGAGUGGAAGAGCUUCACCGCCGCCCUGGCGGAGACGCUGGACGAGGCCGCGGCCCAUCUUGCCACCCCCAGCGGCGAGCGCAGGGGCGAGGAGGAGGAAGAGGUCGACGUGGCCGACGGGGCGUGGAGGGCUGCCGACUACACUGGCGCCCCGCUCUCCUCGGAACGCGUGCCGUCCAGGCGCACUGUGGAGCGCCGCCGGCCCCGGAGGCAGGAGGUGCCCAAGGGCGACGUGAGCACGCACGAGGUUCAAUGGUCGAAGCUGCAGGCGACGGCCGCUGGAAGCUUCAGACAGAGAAGGUGCGCCAACACUUUGGGACGGUUGCGGAGGCUUCUGUGGCUCGAGAGCCACGGCCAGGGCCGCUCAGACGAGGCGCGCGAGCUGCGAAUCAGGUGCGACCGGGCCGAUGCCACCCUCGGCCUGGGGAGCGCCGCGGAGGAACAGCAGCUGCUGGACAGGACCAGGCAGCUGGAGGCGAAGAUUCUCCUCUUCGAGCACAAGAUGCGUCAGCUGCAGGAGGACGACCGCCAGGAGCGGAUAGAACAGUGGAAGACAUCCAUGAAGGAGGAUCGGCGGGCCCACCAGUGGCUCCGAGGCGUGAUGCCCACGGACCCCGCCGUGUCCGACGAGCAGGGAAACGUCUCCAGGUCCAAGUCCGAGGCCCUGGAGUUCUUGAAGCAGCGCUGGCGGCGGGUCUGGGAUCGCCCCAAACCCGACCCGGCCCGCUGGCAGGAUUAUCUGGCCGCUCACCUGCCCUCCCGCGCCGACGACGAGGCCGUCUGGCGGCCGCUGGACGAGGGCGAGGUCAGGACAGCCAUGGAAAGGCUGAGGGGCUCCUCCGCGGGGCCCGACGGCUGGCUCGGGGCCGAGCUCUGCGACGCCCUCUGCGCCCUUGGUGCCAUCACCUUCCUCCUCAACCAGUUCGAGACCCUCGGGCUGGUGCCAGACGAGUGGAAGGCCAUGAGACAGGUACACAUCCCCAAGGACGACACCGACGAAGGGCCCGUGAGCACAGCCUCGCUGCGGCCCAUCUCCGUGACAUCGUCCUGGUACAGGCUCUGGGCGUCGGCGCGCUUCCGCUCGCACGACUGCUCCGAGUGGAUUGACACGUGGUGGGACGAUGCCAUGCUGGGAGCCCGGAAGGCCGCGGAGGCCCACGAGGGCAUAGCAUGGGCAGUGGGGGCUGCUGCCGCGGGCAAGUACCUCACCAGCUGGGACUUUUCUCUGGCGUUCGACCACACCGACCCAGAGAUUGCGGCCAAGGCUUUCGACACGCUCGGAAUGCCGUCGAACGUGAACAACAUGCUGUCCGAGAUGUGGUGCCACCAGCUCCGCUGGCUACAACUUGGACAAGCUGUACACCCCGAGCCACAGCGCGUGGCCAGCAGCUUGCCUCAGGGGGACCCCUUCUCCCCUCUCGGCCUGUCGGCCGUGCUGCUGGCGCCGCUGCUCAGGCUCCGGCACACCUGCCCCGGCGUGGACUGCAGGCUCUACGUCGAUGACAGGACCUGGGCGGCGGACACCGCCGCCGACUUGAAGGCAGGAGGCGAUGUCUGGUGCGACGCCUCGGACGUCUUCGGAUUCGUGGAGAACGAGGGUAAAAAGCAGUGGCUGCACAAGACGCCACACGGGAGGAAGAGGCUCGAGGAGGAUGGGAUCGAUGGCACCUGCAUCGUCGACUCCGCGACGGUCCUCGGGGCGAAGAUCACAGGAGGAGUGAGGAGGAAGGCUUCGAGGAAGGAGAGGAGGAAGCUGGAGGAAGCGAAGCGUCAGCUCAGGAGAGCGGCCAAGCUCCCGACGGCCCCGCGGGACAGGCUGAGGGUCGCUGCAGCCGGGCCUUUGGCCAAGGGGUGUUGGGGAUGGGUCGAGGGCCCGCCCAACCAGCUUGACACUCGGCAGGCCGAUGCGGCCGUGGCACGGGUCGCCAGGGCCCCCAAAGCUGCUUUGGUUCCACUUCGGCGGCUGUUGCUGGGACACCGAGCAGAUCUCAGGUACAGAGCGUCGCACGACGCCGUGGUCGCAUGCGCCCGCGUGGAGCGCAAGGAUCGAGGACGGGGCAGCAUCACAGACGUGCCCUGGACACAGCAGGGAACAAAGGGCCUCCCGGCCGCGUUCGACCGCCACUUGUCCUGGACGGGGUGGAGGAGGACGCCGGAGGCCUGGACCUGGGAGCACGCAGAGCUCCCGGAGGCCGUCUUCUCGCUGAGACGGGGCUCACCCCACUGGAAGGAGCCGCGGUGGCUGGGACACCUCCUCCGGGAGGCCUGGCGCUGGAGGCUGCACAAGGACGCCAUCGACUCGGCGAGGCACGAGGCGGUGCAGGUGCGGGGCUGGGGCGCAGGCGGCUACGAUCCAGUGAGGAUCAAGGCCGUCCAGGACCUCGCCCAGACGAAGGGCAACAAGGCGAUGCGAGUCCUCUCGGGGGCCAUCGUGUCGCCUCUGUGUGUGACGCGCGCCGACGGCCUGCCCGACGGGCAGUGCCCCUGGUGCCGGGCGUCACUCGGCAGCCACGACCACCUCGCGUGGCAGUGCGACGGGCUCGCACAGGAGCGUCCGGCCGGGGCGCUGCCCGCCGACGCCAUGCAGAGGAGGUUCUUCUGGACCACUGGCAGGAAAGAGCGCUCCGCCGUAGACGCCAAGAUCUUCGAGUGGGGCCUCAGGCUUGAUGAUAUCCUCAUCAACUGGAGGUACUCGUCCGACGGCUUCCUGGAGCAGUUCGGGCGACCCCAGGAGGUAGCCUAG